AAAUAUUCUCAUGAAUAAUUCAGCAGCGGAAGUGCAGGAAUGGGCGGUAUCUAUGAAUAAUAAUUAGCACCGCCCCCUUAUGUUUAUUGAUUGGGUUUAUUUGACAGCCGUGCGCUUCAGUCCCACUAUGGCGUCUCAUCAAAUCAGGAUGGGCUUUUUCUACCGCCUUCUGUACUGGAAUUUAUCUGUCGCCGAUUGGUAUCGUACAUCCGGAUUUCUGUGCUGAAAGACGUCAAAUGUAGGCGAAAUGAAGGACGAGAAAAGCACAGCGCGGUCUCUCCAGAGCGCCGACACGGAGCGGAGAAAUGCAGCCGAUGUGGAGGAUGGCCAGGCGGGCAGCGGAGCGCCGCUGAUCCCGGUGCUGCAUGAAGCGCCGACAGCCCGAGCGGGAACGGGGAUACGCGUUUUAAAGCGUAACAUGAAGAGGAACGGCAGUCGAGGCUGUGUGACGCGGAAGACGCGCCUCGGCUCGCGGGAGCGGGACUGGCUGAAGGGCGACGCUCAGCGAGGCUGCGUGUGUCUCUACGGGGCCUCGGAGCCCCAGCCUCCCGCGUCGGGGCCCCAGACCUCCAGCGGCGCCCAGCCGGACCUGAAGCUGGUGCUGUGCUCCACCAGCACCACGGCCGAGGAGCUGUGCGCUCAGAGAGACGUGCAGGGCCUCUACCUGCAGCUGCAUGGAGACUUCAUCAGGAGGCUGGACCCCUCCGAGCGUCCUCUUCAGAUGGUCUAUGACUACCUGACGGCUAUGGGCUACGAAGACCCGCUCCGCGUCCAGCAGGAAGCCGCCAACUCAGACCUCAGCUGCAUGAUCCGCUUCUACAGUGAGAAACCAGUGAACGCAGACCAGCAGGAGCGGACUCUUCUGAAGGGCGUGUUUAGCGUCAGGAAGGGGAAAACGCAGCUCCAUAAAUGGGCCGAGCGGCAGGUCAUCUUGUGUGGGACGAGUCUCAUCGUUGCCUCGGUCAAGGACAGCCUAACCGGCAAGAUGCACAUCCUACCCCUGGUCGGGGGGAAGGUGGAGGAGGUGAAGCGGAGGCAGCACUGUCUGAUGUUCAGCUCGGCCGGACCGCAGGCUCAGACCUACUACGUUAACUUCGACACGCUGGCCGACUACCAGCGCUGGCAUCGGCAGGCUUCUAAAGUGGUGUCUCAGACUAUCAGUCUGGUAGAUCUAUCCUGCUACAGUCUGGAGGAAGUGCCCGAGUAUCUCUUCUACUGCCAGGACGUCACGCACCUCAACCUGCGCCACAACUUCAUGAGUCUGGACGGCCCUGGAGGACUCGUCAACUUCAGCAGAUUUGCCCAGCUGAGGAGCUUGAAUCUUUCUCACAACGGGCUGGGCGUCUUCCCGGAGUCGCUGUGUGAGAUCCAGACGCUGACGGAGCUCUAUCUGUCCUGCAACGGCCUCGGUACCGUCCCGGCCCGCCUCGAAAACCUCCAGAGCUUACAGACGCUGUGUUUGGAUGGAAACCGCUUGGAUUCUCUUCCGGAGGAGCUGGGCAGCCUCGUGCAGCUCUGCAGCUUGGGACUGUCCUUCAACAACUUCCCUCACGUCCCCAGCAUGGUGGAGCGCCUCGCUGCCCUGGACAAGCUGGCCAUGGCGGGGAACAGGGUGGAGACUCUGGAUCUGUCCAGCCUGCUACGAAUGACUCACAUUAAGAGUAUUGAUUUACGGUUAAAUGGCCUCCGCUGUGUUAAAAGCGAGACCCUGGAGCCGGUGAAGCAUCUCACGCAGCUGGACCUGAGAGACAACCAGCUGACGUCUCUGGAUCUGAGCGCGGCCUGCAGUCUGGAGACCCUGCAGUGUCAGAGGAACCGGCUGGGAGCCCUGACGCUCAGCGGCUUCACUCUGCGCACGCUCCACGCCAGCCACAACCGUCUGACCACGGUGAACAUCUACCCUGUUCCCAACCAGCUCACACACAUGGACCUAUCAAGGAAUCUCCUGGAAUACCUGCCAGACUGGGUGUGUGACAGCAGGAAGAUUGAGGUGCUGGACGUCUCCCGUAAUCUGCUGUCUGAGCUCCCGGCCAGACUCCUCAGCAGUCUGAGUCUGCGUAAACUGCUGGCUGGUAACAACAGGCUGGAGAGACUGGCUGACCUGCUCGACCACAUCCCGCUAGAAACACUCGACCUGCAGCACAACAAGUUGCGGGAACUGCCAGAGAGCUUCUUCUACAAAGCCUUAAAUUUGAAGUAUUUGAAUGUGUCUGCCAAUGCGCUGGAGACGAUCCCGCCGAGCAGCCAAUCGGAGGAGAGCCUCAGCACCCUGCAGGAGCUCUAUCUCACAGGAAACAACCUGAAUGAGAACUGCGCUGCUCUACUGGUGGGGCAUCAGAACCUGCGGGUCUUGCAUAUGGCUUACAACCAACUGCAGUCCUUCCCUGCUAGCAAGCUCAGUAAACUGGAGGUCCUGGAGGAACUGAAUCUGAGUGGGAACAAGCUGAAAGCGAUCCCCUCCACCGUGUCCAGCUGUAAGAGACUGCACACGCUCAUCACCCACUCCAACCAUAUCAGCGUGUUCCCAGAAGUCCUCAGCCUGCCCGAGAUCAAGCUGGUGGACGUGAGCUGCAAUGAGCAGACAGAAAUCCUGUUGCCGGACUCUCUGCCCUCAACUCUGCAAGAGCUGGAUCUGACCGGCAACAGCAGCCUCAUGUUAGAGCACAAAACACUCAACCUCUUCAGUCACAUCAGCACUUUGAAGCUGGACCAGAAGCCAGCCGUGACCGCCGGAGACGCACAGGGCACAUCCAGCCUGUGGGAUCACGGUUACGCCGAGAUGUGCGGCCAGAGAAACAAGUUGUGUGUGUCCGUGCUGGCCGUGGAUCGCUUCGGGGACAGUCCGGAGGCUGCGUAUGGAAUUUUUGAUGGCGAUCGUAAUGAGGAAGUUUCCAGGUUACUGCAGUGCACCAUGGGAGACGUAUUGGCAGAAGAGAUACAGCACUCCAGUGUGGACAGUGUAUACAUGUGCAACACUUUCCUUGCCUCCCAUAGGAAACUCGGCAUGGCUGGCCAGAAGCUCGGAGCUUCUGCUCUGCUCUGUUACAUCCAUCACGAGUCCUCGGAGCCUGGGCGAUACUUCAGCCUCACUGUGGCCAACGUGGGCACCUGCCAGGCUGUGCUGUGUCGUGAUGGGCAACCUCUUGCCCUCUCAAAAGUUUUCAGCCUAGAACAAAGCGCCGAGGAGAUGGAGCGUGUCAAACUGGCAAAAGCUAUUAUCACUGAGGAUAACAAGGUGAGUGGGGUGACAUGCUGCUCACGGUUACUUGGCUGUUCCUACCUGUUUCCUUGGGUGCUUCCCAAACCCUGGGUGCACACAGAGCCUCUGUGUUCCCAAGACGAGUUCCUGAUCCUAGGAAACAAAGCACUCUUCCAGAAGGUUUCCUACCAGGAGGCAGUGAGCACUGUGCUGGCUGUCAGAGACCCCCGCGCUGCUGCCAAAAAGCUCUGCACGCUGGCACAGAGCUACGGGUGCCGGGAUAACGUCGGAGCAGUGGUGGUAGCUCUGCAUAUCGGAGAAGACAGCUGCACAUGUGAGCCUCCUCUCUUGAACACAGAAGCCCGAGGACCACCUUUACCGAUCUCAGUGUCUCCUGGAGACCCGGCCACGCCGUCAUCGAGCAGCGGUAUCGCCUCGGAGUUCAACAGCGAGAUGUCCGCUUCGGAAGUGGGCAGCGAGGCUGGCUCCACAGCGUCGGACGAACACCCAUCUUCAGGACCAACGGCUCGACCAGAGCGCCGCUGUAGCUUGCAUCCCACUGCUACUUUGUGCAACACAGGGCCAGUAACGAGCUUGGGGCCCGGGGCCCACCCGGCUCUAUUCCAGCGGCAGCCUUCCAGCGCAACCUUUUCAAGCAACCAGUCGGACAAUGGACUGGACAGCGACGACGAGGCUCCUUUAGAAGGCGUCAUCUCGAACGGGAGCAAGCUGGAGGUGGAAGUGGACAUCCACUGCUGCGCUUUUCAGCUGCGCUCCGGUCCACCGGAGAGUCCCAAGGACCUGGACGGCCGGCAUGAUUCGAGGGCCUCGGAUUAUCCCAACAGCAAAAUGCGGAGACAAAACAGCGUGGUGGUUUCCGCCACCAAUGGCUGCCUGCUGGCCGUGUGCGGCCGAGAAAUCUCAGAUCUGAAGAAGUCUCCUUCAACCUCCAGUCUCUUCGGGAAGAAGCUGUCUAACGGCUCCGUAGUGGCUCUCGAGGACAGCCACAACAUUAUUGAGGUAGCACUGGAGGCCCCAAAAAAGAAGUCGGGAUAUUUCGCCGCACCGGCCCAGCAAGACCCGGAAGACCAGUUAAUAAUACCGCCCAGUCUGGAGCAAGAUGUGCGGGAGCAGCUGAGAGGCCAGAGCCCAGUAGUUCCUGGGCCGCCGGCUCCUUCAACGCCUCCCUCAGCGAGAGACCCCAACUGGGACCCUCCUCAGCCCACCGUCCCCGGUCUCCACCCCACCACCGUCCUGCAGCAGGACGUCUACGACACAGCUCUAUAGUUGGUGCGAGAGGACCGCACCGUUGGAGCAUCUCUGCAUCAUAGUGCCACAUCGAAGAGGCUAGCACGCUCGAGAUAAUCCAGUUCUUAUUUAGCAACAUCAUCACGUGUGGCUCCAUGCAUGUGCAUUCUUGGGCUGAUCCCGGUCGAGAACGGAAGCAAGGAAACGCCAGGGCCAGAAGAAAUACAUGUGGAAAUACACGGGCUAUUCCUGAGCAAAAACCACAGCAUGGAGCUGGAGUACCUCAUGAAUCACCAUGCGCAAGUUCUUUUCGACAUUCGCCCUUUAUAUCAAAGGUCACAGGCUUACGCAGGCUUCGAUGAUCACAUUUGCCUUCUGGAGGAAAGAUACUAUCAAGCUAAACUGAGACCAAAAGAUGAGAAAAGUGCCUCUUGAAGAUGGUUGAGGUUCAGAGAGCCUUUGCUGUUCAGGUGUAAGUGCAGUGUUGUUCCCCUACCUUACCGUAGUGGCGACGAGUCCGUAAUCUGCACUUUUGAAGACUGUGAGGAAUAUUUCAGACGGGAUCUCUUCCCCAUCUGACCUGAUGGAAACAUUCUGCUCCAUUUUUACGGAAAAGGAGUGGUGGUUGUUGUGUUUUUGAAAAAGACCAGAGCGCCUGAUCUCCUCUGCACAAUAGAAGAGUACAAUGAACCCAACAUUCAAACCCUGGAGAAGAUGGAGAUGGAGCAUCGACACACCUUUAAGGUCAUUUGGGGAGCAGAAAGAACUGAAAUCCUAACUUGAGCUGUCUCGGGUUGUUUAGAGUACUUGAAGUUUCGAGUGUGCCAUGACUACAUGACAGAGCCCGAGCUGUACAGCCUCGGGCAGUGAAGACGUCAUUGGGUCUUUGUAGUAGUGCGGUUGGGAUAUUUUCUCAUUGUCUCAUAAUCAAGGAAAAAAUGAUCAGCUGAUAUAUAGGUUUUUUUGUAUGAGAGGUACUGGGUAUAUGAUAUGUGUUGUGCAGUGUGUGUGUGUGUGUGUGUGUGUGUGCGUGUGGGUGGGUAGGUGGGUAUGUGUGCUGUAUUUUAGCCAUGCAUGGUAUGUAUAAGGAAACAGGCUGAUUUGAAUGAGUUUUAUUUUUGAAUCAGGAGACCUGAGGAAAGAGACUAUUAUUGGGUCAUUUGAGUUUGUCAUUGCCACAAUCACAGUAUCAGGGAAUUCUGAGCAGUGAAACACUAUGCUCUUGGUUUGAGGAGACAUCUAGUGGUGUUUAUCGGAAGCAACAGUGUUGUUUUUUCAGGGUUUUCCCUGCAAUUAAGGUCUCAUUACUACAUUUCAAACCGUUUUUCUUUUUUAAAUAAUAAAUAAAAUAAAUAAAGAAUUAGAGAAUUAAAAUUAAGGGACAAUCAAGUGCAAAGCCCGUUGUUAAUCGUUAGAUACUGGAUUUAAUGAAAAGCCCUUGUUUUCUUUCGCCAAUUGUAGGGCAUCGCUUGUAUUAAAUGAUAUAUAUUAGGUAUGCUCUCAUGAUUCAUUACGUUUGAUUCGUCUUUGGAAAGAAUGAAAAAUUCACAUUGACACUGAUGCACUUCAAAUAUAGAAAGCGAAUCUCAUAGACAUCUCGGCAUUGGCAUGUUUAAAAAAUUUGUAGACCAUCAACUUGAAAUUGAGCUUAAGUCUGUCGCUUGCUCAGAUAUUAUAUUUAAGCCGUUUCACCUCAAGAUUGAUGAGAGAUUAAUUUUGUGAAUUAAGCUUUUUAAGAGCGUUUUAUUUUUUUUUAACCUUCAUGGUCAGACGGCAAGGUUCAAACAGUGCCAAAUAGAUUUGUGUUUGAUUAAUGUAGGAGAAAAAGCUGCCAUGUAACUAAUCUGGAUCCCCGUAUUUAACAUCCAGGAGGGUUUCGAAUUGAACUUUUACUGCCAUAAACUUCCAAGCAUUAGAGAGAUGUUUGUGUUAAUUAUAAUUGCCUACAGACCUGAAACUGUAGUAGCUCUUGUGCCAAAAGAUACGUAGUAGUGCUAUCUGAAAGGAAGGUAGGUUAUUUUGAGUAUUUGGUUCGUCCCUCGGGUGCUACUGAGAGCUGAAGCCAGUGGCAUGGACACACAAGCCCUGCAUGACUCAUUGUUUUUUUGUUUUUUUUUCUAUCAUGGCCUUAAAGCAGGUUUUCCCAUCUUCAGUAUUUAUAGUCCAUUUCUCUUUUUUGCACUCAAAAAUGUGAAGUACAAUUUUCUAGAAAUUGAUCUCUAGAUUCCCUAAACCAUUUAGAGCUGUAUGCUUAAGUGCAUCAUGUAUUGUUGUACAAUCUUAUAAAGUAAAAGGGUUUUUACACUGUAUAAGCACUUUGUACAUAGCUCAGAGGAUCUAUAUACAGAGACGCAUUUAAGAAUUGCAUUUUAGCUAUUGUCGAAAUGCAUAUAAAAUCAUCAUUAGGCUUUGAUUCGUGGCCUCUUUUAGUUUUUUUUUUUCUUUUAUAGCCCCUAAAAAAUGUAACGUCUUAUGUUUGGUUGAAAGGAGAGACGUGGUUAUCGAGGCACAACAUGCUGAUUCAUACUGUGCUAAGAGGCAGAAAACGGGCAUUUGACGGCUUGCUUUGUUUGCAAGAUGUAGUCCGUGUCUGUUAUUAGCUAUAGAAGCGUUUCGUCCCUCGCAGUGCUUUAACGUUGAAAGGAGACAGAAAUGGAAAGUAGUAUUUUGAACCGAUGUCACUGAUACCGCCACUUUAUUACCAUUUCGAAAGCACCUUCUAUAGACCUCCAGCAUAUAUAUAUAUAUAUAUAUAUAUAUAUGCAAUGAUCAUACCUAUCUAAUUAGAUCGAUAUUAAUCUGGAAACUGAAGGACAGGACUGGGGGAAACCCUUAGGUUUGUGUACGUCUGUGGGUGUCUGUGCAGUGCUCUGUUGUAGAAAUAGUGUAUUUUGUUUCUUUCAGCCUAGGCAACUAUGUAGUUGCCGCGCCACGUAGACAAAUAUAUUUUAGAUCCCUUAAACAUUUCUGCUCCGUGCUUUCCUGGCCAAAACACGUUGAGGUGAAACUCGCAUUCCAGAAAAUGUCGGCCAAAUGCAAUUUUUCCUCGGUGUGUCAUUCAAACUGCCAUUAAGUUUACAUUGAUUUGUUAAUGGCACAGCGGAGGUGAUUCUUAAAGGAACAGCAGACCCCAAAAUCAGCAUUAUUAUUUAUGUAACUGUUUUUUUCUAACUUGCCUUCUGCGAACGACAGAGGAACACAUUUUGGAAAAACGUUGAUAACCAAACCGUUUCGGUUGCCAACCUUUCUCAAAAUAUCUCCACGUAAGAAAGUGAGUCGUAGAGUGGACUAUCCCUUUAAUUAUAUGCUCACAGGAAGAACACAAAGCACAGUUAUACAAAUAUUCCAGUUCCCAUCAAAUAUAAGAUUUUUUAUUUUAUUUUAGUUGGCAUUUUGGGUGGGGGUCUAUCAUGGAGCAUGAAGUAUUUUUGUCAACAGUGUACUUAAAAGCCUGUACGCAUAAUGCAUUAUAACUUUUUUUUAUAAAUAAUUGCAUCCAGAGUUUAAAAGCAUUAUAACUGUUAAAAGUGAACAACAGUCCUUUUAAUGCAUUCUGUGCAACAAUGACUAGAUAAAUAUUAUAAUUUAUUAUAUCUGGUUAUAAUUCUUCUGGUUACAAUGCAUUGUAAAGUGCAGUCCAAGUCAUAAUUUGAACUACAUUCAUAAUGCAUUAUAUAUAAAAGCUUUAAGUAUUACUGUACAUUUUUAUUAGUAUUUUUUUCCAUAAAUGUGAUUGGUUUGUUUGCCAUUGUGUUAGUGGUGUCUUAGUUUGGGCAUUGCACUAGAAAAUGUUCUCGAUAGAAGUUUGAUUGGUUAUUGGUUAUUAAAAAGGUAAAAGCUUAUUAAAAAGGUUAGCUAAAGCUGCCUUUUUAUGUGUUCUUCCCAUUACUCCUCUGUAACUGUCCCCGAUUUUAUAACUGGCUUUGCAAGUCUUGUGUGAACCAAAGGAAGGUUUUACAAUGCGGUAUAGCGUUUUAGAUUUCCCUUUAAGAAAACGAAAGGCAUGAUUUCACACUUGUCCAACAUGGCAACCGGUGUCAACCAAUGGCGUAAGCUUAGGGGCGGGGCUAACUGCCCGUCUGACCAAUGACAGAAUCUAGACCGAAAACCGAUCGUUUCUGUACUCCACUUGUGUAGAAAAUAACACACAUCACCUCUAAAGAUUUGCUACGUUUCUGCUUUCUUUUCUUUUCUUUUUUUUUUUUUAAGUUGACUGAACAAGGAAAGCGUUUGUCUUAAGUCUCUUUGUAAACGUGCGCGGUGUGAAGCGUGUGAUUGUGGUUUUACCCCGAGAGAGAUGAAACCUGCUUUUGAAUGCAAAAAAAAAAAGUCUUUAUCUGGCGUAUUCAUUGACAUUUUUGCACAUAAUCACGGUUCGUUCUGGACAGGCGUGGGUUGGGACGAAGAGUUCCUGUUGUUGACAUGUGACCAAAGCUUGAUCUUGUCAUCAUUUAUGUACAUUUUGUUUUUAAGAGAUGCUUUAAUAUUUCCUCUCGAUGCCAAGAAGCUGAGGUUUAUUUUUGUACUUCAUAGUUUCAUGCAAAUUUAUAGGUCCUCCAGUGCAGAAUCUAGGAUUUAAGGGUUCUAUGGUAAACCGUCACCCAUCAAGGUACUAUCUUUAAAGAUACUAUUAAUGUAUUUAAUGUGAGAAGCAUGCCCUAUAUAAAUGAAUAUAAAUAUAUAUAUAUAAAUAAUGAUAAAGAAUAUAUUAUCAUGUGAUUAUUUGUAUAAAAUAUUAACUUUUCUGUUUAUAAGAAAUUGUUUUAAUAUCCGAAGCAUAAUGUAUAUUAUAUUUUUAAGUUUCUAAUUUAGCAUGCAGUAAACUGCUGACUUUUUUCAUCGUGUUUAAAUUAUUGAGGUUUUUUUUAGUUUAGGAGAUCGUUUGAGUUGUUUUACUGAUUUAGUAAAAGGACUAAAUGCGAGCACUUUUGCUGUCUGUCAGCUAGGACUGUACUUUUUAGAGUGGGUGCUGGCUCAUCGUUUCAUUUCAGAUGCUGCUAUGCUUAGUUUUGAGCAGAAAGCUGUAUUUUUAAUUAACUUUUCAGCCAAGUAGCAAUAAAAAAUUUUUACUGUGAAA